CAGAGUGAAGAACUCAGGAGCAGUCUGGGUAACUAUAAUCCUUAAUUGUGAGAGAGAAGUAUUGCAUUUUCCUAUUUCUAUCUUUAUUAGUAUUUUUCACAUUGCUCAAGCCAGUAAUAGUGCUUUGUUGUUUACUAAAUGCUCCAGAUGUGAUGCUAGUAACUGCUUCAACUGUCAUGCUAGUAACUGCUUCAACUGUUAUGCUAGUAAAUGCUUCAACUGUCAUGCUAGUAACUGCUUCAAAUGUCAUGCUAGUAACUGCUUCAACUGUGAUGCCAGUGUUGGGUUUGUUUUGUCUACUCUAGUUGUAUUAGCAGUGGCAACACACCAGCUACAGCCACUUACCUGUACUUCUGUCAACUUUAAGGAUGAUUUUAUCCUUUACAUCUCAUAGUUUUACCAUUAUUAUUAUUUUACAGAUUCUUUGUAAAUCCUGGAUAAUUUUAAACUCUUACUUUAUAUUUUACAUAUUUUAGCAUGGCUUGUAAUUAUAGACACAUGGCUGCAGUAGUUAGUUCCAGCUUUGUAACUGUUAGAGGGGAAUGAGUGACCACAUCACCAAGCUUCCCACUUCCCAAAAGCAUCUCCUUUUCAGAGUGUCAAUCCACCAUCUGUGACAUGUAGGAACAAAGACGAACUGCUGUUUCUGGCCUAACAAGCUGAAAAUCACAGGAGUAAUACAUCCUUGGACAUAUCCCGAUUUGUCGAGUUUUUCGCUGCGUGUCGUCUAAUGCAACAAAAUGGUGGACUUGGGUGGGGGAACGAGGGAACGUUUCCAAGACUUAGGCACAGAGGAGCCUGAUGAUGUGUUGCCUCUAGACUCAACAGUGAGCUAUUACUCCCACCACACAUCACGACCUUCCUCGUGGCGCCAGUCACUACAGGGUCAAGACGUUACCGCCCGACACAGUCUUCUGGACUCCAUGCAUUAUGACUUAAUUCAGAUCAAGAAUGAUCCUGAAAAUCUCUCAAGACUAUGCAACAGCAGCAGCUCCCUGGUGACUGUGCCGGGAUCCUCUGUGUCAUCGCUGGAGGCUGCAGAGGAUGCUCGAGCAAAAGGGCAACUGCUUCAGGAAAUUACCCGCGUUGCCGAGACAUUCGAGCCGGGCGGAUGUUACCGCAAUUAUACUCUAGCUCCUGAUCCACCAACCCACACAGAAUAUAAUUUACUUUCAGACUCGCCUCAGUGGUCAUGGAGUCGUGGCCCAGGUGAGGAUAGGAACCUCACAGGGUCAGGAGGGAACCUACUGGUGGGGAGCAGCCAGUCCACUGACACACUCAUCACCUCCCUCCAGUAUACUGUUCCAUCACAUCUCAUCCAAGACACAUUCUCAGCACACCUUCCCUCCAUAUCUGUAGCUCAGCCGCCCACAUCCGUCCCGACGUGCUCGUCUAUGCAGCGGUCUCCUCCAACAUCAUCAGCACUCGACCUCUCACCUGGUCCUCCCCCUACGGCCCACCAGCUACCUCCAUUACAGCCUUCACUCAUGAGCCAGGCACCACCCACCCAUGUGUCUACCAUCUCCCCUCCUCCCUCAACACAUCAACUGCCUUCUCUCAUUGCACUGGACAUUACUCCUCAGGCUCUGUCAUCACACCACACAUUAGAUGACACCCUGGAUCUGGUCCACUCUGAUGAGCUGACAAGCAGGAAACAGAAGAAGGAUCCUCUAGCAGUAGAACCAUCUGAACCCAAGUCCUCACAUCCUGUACAAACCUCUGAAAAGACAUUCUUUUGUAAACAUUGUAAUGAAACAUUUCCCCAAGAAGAAUCACUUAAGGUACACGAGUCGAGUCAUUCCGGAGAGCGACCGUUCAGGUGUAAUGAAUGUGGCACAAUGUUCUCAGCUAAGGCCAUGCUUAUUAGGCACAAGAAGGUUCACACUGGAGAAAAACCGUACAGUUGUGAUGAGUGCAAAACUUGUUUUACUGAAGCUGGUAGCUUGAAAGUACACAAACGACUGCAUAGUGGUGAGAAACCUUUUAAGUGUGACCAGUGUGAUGUUGCAUUUAAUGGAGCCGGCAUGUUGGCCACCCACAAACGAAAACAUACAGGGGAGAAGCCUUACAGGUGUAACGAAUGUAGUGAAACAUUCCGGCUCUUGUCCACUUUGAAGAGUCACAGACGGAGGCACACGGGUGAGAAGCCAUUUACGUGUGAGGUGUGCAAUUCGUCAUUUACUCAGAGAGCAGCUAUGCAACGUCAUAAAAGAAUCCAUUCCAAUCAGAAGCCGUGGGAGUGUGAACACUGUGGAUUUAAGUUUCGUGAGAAAGAGAACCUAAGGAAGCACGUUGCUCUUCACAAAAUCAAAUUACAACACAUGUGUAAAAUUUGUGGUGAAGGGUUUAACCAGGCUAAAAAAUUAGAGAUUCAUAAAAUGGUCCACAAUGGAGGCGAUCGACCGUACCGAUGCAAUAAGUGCCCGUCCACUUUCACCAACUCUAAAUACUUGACACAACACAAGAAACGUGUUCACGACAGGAAAGGAGCAGUUCAGUGUGAAGAGUGUAAUGGUACAUUUAAGAGGAAAGAAAUUCUGAUCUCACACAUGAGAAUACACACAGGUGAACGUCCUUAUGUGUGUGAAGAAUGCGGUGCUGCAUUCAAUCAGAGAGGAACUCUAACAAAACACAUCAGGACUCACAGUAAUAGUGUGCCUGCCACUGAGAAUGAUAAAUGUGAUGAUCUUUAUGAAUGUAGAACUUGUAAUCAUGUUUUUCUGGAUAAAAUGUCUUAUGAGCAUCACAUGCACAAACACCAUGUGGUGGAGGAUGUUUCCUUCAGUUGUCCAUCGUGCAGCCUCGGCUUCUCCAGUCAGAAGGAGUUAGUGCUGCACAUGAGAGCAGACCAUACAGUACAAAGAACUGCACGAGGUAGUGUAGGGUCUGACCCAGAUGUUGAUGACAGUAGUGAACAUAUUAGGGACAAAUAUAUGUGCGAAGAUUGUGAUCAAACAUUUUUCCGAAAGCGACAGCUUAAGGCCCACAAAAAGUAUUGCCGGUGUAGUUAUUCAUCCCUAAAACCUGAAUCCCCGGAGGAUGUAAAGACUGACACAUCUUUCCGGGGUGAUACCAAAGAAGCUGAUCCCAUGAAACUUUUAACGGCAGUGUUGGCUGUGACAGAUAAUAGCUCUAGUGAAGGUCUUGGCUAUCAACACACUGUUGGUCGAGGACCACCAUCUUCCGUGGAACAACCUCAUCAGCGUUACCCGUCACCAUCAGUCCCUCCCACAGUAGAUCAACCUCAUCAGCGUUACCCGUCACCAUCAGUCCCUCCCACAGUAGAUCAACCUCAUCAGCGUUACCCCUCACCAUCAGUCCCUCCCACAGUAGAUCAACCUCAUCAGCGUUACCCGUCACCAUCAGUCCCUCCCACAGUAGAUCAACCUCAUCAGCGUUACCCCUCACCAUCAGUCCCUCCCAUGAUAGAGGAACCUCUACAGCGUUACCCCUCACCUCCCUCAGUCCCUGCCACGGUAGAUCAGCAACUGCAUCGUUACCCCUCACCUCCCUCAGUCCCUCCCACAGUAGAGGAACCUUUACAGCGUUACCCCUCGCCUCCCUCAGUCCCUCCCACGGUAGAUCAACCUCUUUAUCGCUACCCCUCACCUCACAUCCUCUCUUCAGAUGAUUCUCUUUACACCCAACAACUCCACAUCCACCACCAACAGACUCACGUACAGCAGCAGCCAUCACAACAAGAAUUACACCUCUCACAUCCAUCCCGUCAACAACAGCCUUCACAAGACCACCUGCACCAACUGUCACAUCAGCAAGUCACUCUGCAGCAGUUGUCUCAAGAUAGUUUACAGCAUUUGUCACAUCUGCAGCAGUCAUCACAAGAUCUUCAGCGGCCAAAUCAUCAACAAGAUCUUCUGCAGCAGGAGCAUACCUCUCUUCACCAGUCAUCACGACACCAUGAUCAUUUACAACAACCACCACGACAGGACCACAUCCAUCAACUGCCUCAAGAACAUGAUCAUUUGCAGCAUCCCUCCAGACAUGAGACUCAUUUACAGCAUGUUACAGAUCCCGAUCAGUUACAGCAGCCUUCAAGAUUACGCAGUAUCCUUAUGCAGCAUCCUUCCAGACAACACAGUCAUUUGCAUCAGACUACAAGACAGCAAGAUCAUUUACAACAAUCUUCAAGACAGCAAAAUCAAUUACAGCAUCAGACACAACAACCCACUCAGUUGCAGCAGACAGAUCAAUUACAUGAGAGCCUCAGACAACAAGACCACUUACAAAAUCACCACCUACAGUUUGACCAAAUUGUCCAACAACAAUUUUUUAAAACAAGUUCACUGCCAUUGUCCAGCCAACACCAUCAUCAUCACCAUCACCAUCAUCAUUCCCAGCAGCUGCAGUCACAUGAUCAGCUUGAUCAAAACAUGCAUCCCCAGGAUGAACUCCACCACAAUCUUGAAGACUGUGAUGAUCUUGGUCCAAGUAUACAUCACCAAGACCAACAGGAACCAAGUGAGAGCCACCUGCAUGCUCACCAACUUCUUGAGUUGAAACACGAAGAUCUGAGAGAGGCCGAACACGACCAUCGCCGCCACCACCACUUAUCUCGUCCCAGCUUGGAAAGUUCUCUCAGUGUAAAGAUUGAAAGUAUUAUCAGCUUGACUUCCACUUAGUUUACAAUAAAGCAGCUAUUGAUGUUCAAACAACAGACCGAGACUGAUUCAGUGUGAGUAGUGUGGUGACUCCCACUCAGGUGACUUGUUCAUAUUAAGCACUACAGUACAGUACAGUACUUAGCAACAAGAGUUACUAAUGUAUUUUCUGAGAUGACUCGGGCAGCAUUAAAAGAUUUAAAAAUAUGUUCAGUUUUAUAAUAAAAUAAUUAUGUGCACAUGUAUUUUUUCUUCUUUGUUGGAUUAAUAAGAGAAAAGAUUGUGUUUCUCGGUGAUAUGACAAGACAGUGAUGGUGUUAAUUGUAGCCGCAGCACAGUACAGUACAUGUACAGCAUUUUGAAUCAUGUGACGUGAUGCAUCAGUAGAGAUGAGUAUGAGAUUUUUGGGAGGUGCCUGAACAGGAUAGUUAAUGUGACGUAUGACAGUUUAUUGCAGCUCAAAUUUUGUCUCAAGCCAUUAAGAACAAAAAAUUGUUCUCUGUUCGUACAUGAUAUUCUCAUUUCAGUUAUAAGAGAUUACACAGGCCAUGGUGGGAGAUGCAGUGUCCUGAAAAGUCCAUCUUCACUGUUAGAGGCUGAGUAAGUAGGAGGCAACUAGUGCUUUAGUUUUCCAGUAAAAUUGAGUAAAUUCAAGAUGAUUAAAAUUGUUUACCAUUUGCGCCAGUGACAGUAGUGGUAGAAAUAAUGAAUUCAUCAACAAAUACUGCAGUAAAAUUUAGUGAUUUGGAGGUAGUGUAGUGUAGUACUGUAAUAAGCUACUGUGUGUCUGUGGUGUAAGAUGUGGCUAAUAUUUGUGAGGGUGCACAGUGUCAUAUGGCUCCACUACACCUUUAUCUCUUCAUUAAGUCAGGAUUGGAGAGACAGCUGAUACAUUCUUUUAAUCAUGAUAAAAACCAAGACAAAAGGUUAUACAUUAAACUCUGGCCCAUCAGUAACCAGAAUACUUCAUUAGCCAAUAUUUUCGAUAUAUCAAUACAAUUCACCAUCUCAAUGACCGACAGUCUUGCUGAAUGUAUCCGGAACUGUGUCUUACGUAGGUUUGAAAAUCACGGGCAGCUACUGUAAGCCACAACACAACCAACAAACUCAUACACAUUAUUUCACCAGCUUCCUGCAUCAUCAUAUUUAGAGUUGAUUUUACUAACACUGUAAAAUACAUAUUAUUUCUCAUAUACAUGGAGAUAUAUUACAUAAAUAAAGGUUAACUAAUACUUUAUUUUAAUGGAAUUUGCCGAUUUAUAGUCCUGGCCGUUAAUAGAACGUAUGCCCGUGAAUAUUCAGGGAUUUGUGUUGGGUGUUAUGUCACUAGUCUUCAGGUAGGGGAGGAAUGGGUAAGAUGCUAAUGGUAAUUUUGUUGUACAGGUUGUGAGACAUUUUACUUUGCGAUAAUAUUCAGUGUUAAUUGACUAGAUCGGUAAUUCUUGAACGUGUUGUCUGUUUAGUGAGGAAAUUUUCAAGUGUUAGUGACAUAUAUUGUUAAAGAGAUAAUACUGAAUGUAAUGUUUCUAUUCUGAUAAUGUGUGAGUACAUACACGACAUACAUUAUGUGUUUUACUGUAGUAUUUAGACAAACUGUACUGUACCAUUGUGACUGGUGGUAGAUCAUGUACAAAAGGUGUUCAUCACAAUUCAGAACAUGUAUACAUAAAAUACAUUUAUUAGUCAUGUGCACUUUAUCUCUGUUCUUAUCAUAAUUUUUCAUUUUAUUUAUUUACAGUUCUGCACAAUCAAAGACAAAAGUCGUGUCGCGAUUUAGUCUGAAGAUUAAAUAUAACUCUUGCAACAAGGCAGAGCGCACCAAAAGUUUAGCUCAUCGGAUGUUUUCGCCAAAUUUCACGACGCGACUUUUGUCUUUCAUUGUACUACAUAUUUCUAAUUUGAGUCUAUAUUAAUUAAUAAUAAUUUAGGGGAGAGAAGCUCAGCAAAGCUCAAAUUCUCAGGGCUUAAAAUAAGUGAAAACUUUUAUUUGGAAGAUCAUGCAACUCAGUUUGGCUGUGAUUAUCAGCUUAUACCAUGUACUGUACUGUACUGUAUUAGUUUAUUGAGUUAUUUAUAAAAUAUUAAAUUGUAGUGAAAAAUGCACUUAUUUGUUGCCCUAAUAAUGAUCAAGUUAUUAUGAAUUGUUGUACAAGUUAAUAGACUAAGGUAUAUUUUGAGAGCAUUAAUAAUGUUGGUGGGUGUUGAUGAUCUCAAGAGGAGUCACUCCUUUGUUGGACCACUGCCUCACCCGCCCCACCGACUCUCACUGACGACCACAGUGACAUUGACUAUUUUUUUUUUUACUAUUUAUAAUGUACGGUAGUAUUUUUUAAAAGGAAAUGUUAGAAGUGAACAAUAUAUUCCAAAGAUUAAUCACUAGUACUAAACUCACUAUUCUAGGUAUGACCAACUUAAUCUAUGCUGUAAAUAUAACAAAUUUCUAUUGUUCCAUUUGUAUAGGAUUUUAUAUACCAUAUCAUUAACAGUUAUAAACCGUACCUACUAUUUUAGAGGUAUGGGGAUUCAAUAAAGGAAAUUCCACUG